AUGAGGGUAACAGAGAUCAUUAUAGAUGGCUUCAAGUCGUACGCCCAGCGCACCGUGAUAUCAGGAUGGGACGAGACUUUCAAUUCCAUCACUGGCCUCAACGGCAGUGGCAAGUCCAAUAUCCUGGACUCCAUCUGCUUCGUCCUGGGCAUCACGAACAUGACCACGGUCCGGGCGCAAAACUUACAGGAUUUGAUUUACAAGCGCGGUCAAGCCGGAGUUACGAAAGCUAGUGUCACAAUCGUCUUCGACAACCGGGAUAAGAACAAGUCGCCCAUCGGUUUCGAGGAGUACUCGACCAUCAGUGUCACCCGACAAAUCGUCCUCGGCGGGACGUCCAAAUACCUGAUCAAUGGCCACCGAGCGCAGCAACAGACUGUGCAGAACCUCUUCCAGUCUGUAGGACUGAACAUCAACAAUCCCAACUUCCUCAUCAUGCAGGGAAAGAUCACAAAAGUACUGAACAUGAAGUCGGUGGAAAUUUUGGCCAUGAUCGAAGAGGCAGCUGGUACCAGGAUGUUUGAAGACCGUCGGGACAAGGCACUGAAGACUAUGUCGAAGAAGGAAAUGAAGUUGCAGGAGAUCCAGGCGCUCCUUCAUGAAGAGAUCGAACCCAAGCUUGAGAAACUUCGUCAGGAAAAGAGGGCCUUUCUCGACUUUCAACAGACCCAAAAUGAUCUCGAACGGUUAACAAGGCUAGUCGUUGCGCAUGACUAUGUCAAGUACCAGGAGCGACUUGAGCAAUCCGGUUCUGAUCUCGACAGCAAGAAGAAGCGGCAGCAGGAUCUCGAGGAGUCGGCUGUCAGGCUGAAGAGCGAGAUAUGUCAUUUGGAGGAGGAUGUGCAACGGGUCAAGUCUCAGCGUGACAAGGAGCUUCGAAAAGGCGCCAAGGCUCAAGCUCUGGAGGACUCCGUAAAGAAGCUUUCUAACGAGGUCGUUCGUUUGGCAACCGUCAUGGAUCUCAAGAAAUCCAGCUUGACUGAGGAACAAGACCGGAGGAUAGCAGGGGAGAAGAACGUCGCAGAACUUGAGGCUGCCCUGCAAGAAAAGACUAAGGUUUUCGACAAGAUGAAGGCGAAGCAUGACUCCGCCAAGGAAGAGCUCGAGAGGCAGAGCCAGGAGGCCGAAUCCAAGGAAGAGCUCCUGCAGACUCUACAAACCGGCGUUGCGUCCAAGGAAGGUCAGGAGAAUGGUUAUCAAGCCCAAUUGCAAGACGCGAGGAGUCGGGCCUCUGCUGCAGGUACGGAGCAAGAACAAGCCAGGAUCAAAAUUGCUCAUCUUGAGAAGCGCAUCAAAGAGGAAGAGCCGCGGGCUAAGAAGGCGAAGGAACAGAACGCCGGCUUGCUUAAUGAGCUUGAAGGUCUCAAGUCCCAGGCGCAGAAGCUCGAGAAAGAGCUCGGCAAGCUCGGUUUCAGCCCGGGGGCCGAGGAGGACUUGUAUAAAGAGGAGAGCAGUCUUCAGCAAAAGAUUCGAAGCUUGCGACAAGAAUCCGAUGCAUUGAAGCGCAGAGUGGCCAACAUCGACUUCAACUAUGCCGACCCAGUACCGAACUUCGACAGAUCCAAGGUGAAGGGGCUUGUCGCUCAGCUUUUCACACUUGACAAGGACCACACCAGGGCUGGAACUGCUCUCGAGAUCUGUGCCGGUGGCCGUCUCUACAACGUUGUGGUCGACAACGAGGUGACUGGUACGCAAUUGCUCAAAGGCGGCAAGCUGCGAAAGCGCGUCACCAUCAUUCCGCUCAACAAGAUCGCGGCGUUCAAGGCGUCUGCGCAGACGAUCGCGACUGCUCAAAGGAUUGCUCCAGGGAAAGUCGACUUGGCUCUGUCACUUGUCGGCUAUGACGACGAGGUCUCGGCAGCCAUGUCAUACGUCUUUGGCAAUACUCUGGUGUGCGAAGACGCCGACACUGCCAAGAGGGUGACCUUUGAUCCCAAUGUCCGAAUGAGAAGCAUCACCCUCCAAGGCGACUCGUACGAUCCGUCUGGCACGCUCUCUGGUGGCAGUGCACCGAAUUCUAGUGGAGUGUUGGUGACCAUGCAGAAGCUCAAUGAUCUGAACCGACAGUUGCGGGAGGCUGAGGCCUCGCUCCGAGACCUUCAGGCAAAGAUUGCCCGCGAAAGAUCAAAGCUCGACCAGGCCCGUCGGAUCAAGCAAGAACUUGAUCUCAAGUCCCAUGAGAUCAAGCUGGCUGAGGAGCAAAUUGGAAGCAACUCGUCCUCGUCCAUCAUCCAGGAGGUGCAGAACAUGAAAGAAACCAUCGUACAACUCAAAACGAAUAUUCAAGAAGCCAAGAAGCGCCACGUGGAGGCUACGGCCGACGCCAAACGGAUUGAGAAGGACAUGAAGGAUUUUGACAACAACAAAGACGGGAAACUGGUCGAGUUGCAAGCUUCCUUGGACAAGCUACGGUCGUCCUUGGAGAAGAACAGGACAUCUGUCAAGACUCUUCAGAAGGAGUUGCAGAAUGCUCAGCUGGAUUCCGAGCAAGUGUCUGGCGACCUCGCCGCUGCACGGGAGCAGCUCCAGGAGGUCGACUUAGCUAUCAAGGCUCAACAAGAUGAGAUCGCCCAGACGUCUAAGCAGCGGGACGAACUCAAAGAGACCCAUGAAAAAGCGCAGGCCGAUCUCGAUGAGGAGCGGGCCAAGCUCAGCAUUUAUGAUGAUGAGCUCCGCGCUCUGGAGGACGCGAUGCGUUCGAAAAAUUCUCGGAUCACUGAGGAAGGCUUGGAAAUGCAGAAGCUCGGUCACCAGGUUGAAAAGUUCCACAAGGAGCAGCAAACUGCCGUGCAGGCCGUUGCUCACAUGGAAAAAGAGCACGAAUGGAUUGCCGACGAGAAGGACAACUUUGGUCGUUCGGGCACCCCAUAUGACUUCAAGAACCACAACAUUGGGGAGUGCAAGUCAACGCUGAAGAACCUGACCGAACGGUUCCAAGGCAUGAAGAAGAAGAUCAACCCCAAGGUCAUGAACAUGAUCGACAGCGUCGAGAAGAAGGAAGCAUCCCUAAAGCACAUGAUGAAGACAGUCAUCCGUGACAAGAAGAAGAUCGAGGAGACCAUCAUCAGUCUGGAUGAUUACAAGAAGAAGGCAUUGCAUGAGACUUGGGAAAAAGUCAACGCCGACUUUGGUGGCAUUUUCUCGGAGCUGCUGCCCGGAGGCAGUUUCGCAAAGCUGGACCCACCAGAAGGCAAAACCAUCAGCGAUGGUCUCGAGGUCAAGGUCUGUCUGGGCAAGGUUUGGAAGCAGAGUCUGACAGAGUUGAGUGGUGGUCAGAGAUCUCUUAUUGCUCUGUCGCUCAUCAUGGCGCUGUUGCAGUUCAAGCCAGCGCCUAUGUACAUCUUGGACGAGGUCGACGCUGCGCUGGACCUGUCGCACACCCAAAACAUCGGCCGUCUGAUCAAGACACGGUUCAAGGGCUCACAGUUCAUUGUUGUCAGUCUGAAGGACGGCAUGUUCCAGAACGCGAACCGCAUCUUCAAGACUCGGUUCAGCGAGGGUACGAGUAUGGUGCAGGCGUUAAGCCCUGCGGACAUCAAGUAA